AUGGAGGAGCAAGUAUCUCUUUCGGACGAUGUUUGGAAGAAUAUUGAGAACGAUAUGGUGAAUAUGCUUGAUCGACUCUGUGUCGCAUAUAAAUUAGCACAAAUUAGGUACGAUUUGGAGCAGCCCUUCCAUAAACUUAGCUUCUUCGGCAUCGCGCUUGGCAAAAAAUUGGAUGUCAAUUUUGAAGAAUAUUACCAAUCAGCGCAAAGAACUCGGUCUGAAGCGGACAAAAAGAAGCGAGAAGAGCACCUGCUGCAGGUCAUGCGAAGAUUCUUCACUGAGUAUAGCCGGCAAAUCUUCAGAGAACAGUGGUACCAUAUGGCUGAUUUACUGCUUUACAAGAAACGUGAACAUGAUGCAUUGAUCUACGGAAAGCAGCGCCCUAACUUUUUCAAAGAUUCUUUUUUUGAUGGAAAAAUUGUGAUGAAUAACGCUGAUGUUAAAGAAGUGUUGGCGCUUUUGAACUCUGCUGGUUUCAAA